AUGUCGCACGCAUGCAAUGGUGGUGAAAGCACAGGAAGUGUAAAUGCCAAUCUAGAUAUAUUGGUUGCCAUUCAAGCAAUGCAACGAGAAUUUUCAAGGAUGAGUAUGAGAUUAGAUAAUAUGGAAGAGAGGCUGGAAGAAAAUGAAAAUAGGAGAAGAGUCCCAGGGAACGAAAGGAGGCAAGAACAACCACAUGCACAAUCACAGGUUGGUGAAGAACACUUCGAUGUCAUUGAAGAAGAUAGUGAUAAUGACUAUGUUUAUAUGGGAGGACAUGGUCAAAGAGGGGGUAGAAGAAUAGGAAGACCACAAAGGGGACUUAGGAAUGAAGAAGGGGUUGAUAGAAAUUUGGGUAGUAUUAAGAUGAACAUCUCUUCCUUUCAAAGGAAGAGUGAUCCAGAUGCCUAUCUAGACUGGGAAAGAAAGGUUGAGAAGGUGUUUGAUUACCAUAAUUACUCGGAGGAGAAAAAGGUAAAAUUAGCAAUUAUCGAAUUCACCGAUUACGCUUCAACAUGGUGGGAUAAGAUAGUGGUGAAUAGAAGUAAAAAUUUGGGAAGGCCGGUUUCUUCUUGGGAAGAGAUGAAAGCUAUUAUGAGAAAAUGA